AUGGCGCCCGCUGUAGUCGACAUUGAAACCGUGUCUCCGUCAGGAGACUCUUUUGGAUUCCUCAAAGAAAACAGCAAAGUCCUGCAACAAGCAUCAACCCAUGGCCACCCCAACACAACAGAACUACCCACGCAAGACUUAUCAAAGCCAACCUCUACCGAGAGAAAUCUCCAUGAAGAACACCAAUACCUCGAUUUAAUUCGCGAUAUCUUGAGCCGUGGUGAACAUCGACCAGACCGAACGGGUACAGGAACACUAUCUUUGUUCGCUCCUCCUCAACUUCGCUUCAGUCUUUCCAAAAUCGAUCCUACAUCUCCCACCGGCGAACGGAUACCCAUUCUGCCGCUUCUGACCACCAAACGCGUGUUUCUGCGCGCUGUCACCACCGAACUACUCUGGUUCGUCUCAGGGUGCACCACAUCCAAACCUCUCUCUGAAGCGGGCAUCCACAUCUGGGACGGCAACGGCUCGAGACAAUUCCUCGACAAUCUCGGCUUCACGGAUCGUGAGGAAGGAGAUCUAGGCCCUGUGUACGGCUUCCAAUGGCGACAUUUUGGGGCUGAGUACCAGGAUUGCCACGCAGACUAUAAUGGAAGAGGGGUGGACCAGAUCAAAGAGGUGGUGCGAAAGUUGAAGCACUGUCCAUAUGAUCGUAGAAUCAUCCUAAGUGCGUGGAACGUGGCCGACCUAAGCAAGAUGGCCUUACCGCCCUGCCACAUGUUUUCCCAAUUCUACGUCAGCUUCCCUGACGCACCAAGAGGGGAGGUGGCCCUGCAGCGGCUCAACGGAUCCGUCCAGAAUGGAGACAAACAGAAAGCCAGGGGCCAUCUCUCAUGUGUCCUCUACCAACGGUCCUGCGACAUGGGCCUCGGUGUGCCUUUCAAUAUCGCCUCUUACGCCUUGCUAACGCACAUGCUGGCACACGCCUGCGAUCUCGUGCCAGGCGAACUGAUCCACACAAUGGGCGACGCACAUGUCUACCUCGACCACAUCGAUGCGCUGAAAGAGCAGCUCCUCCGUGAACCGCGUGAAUUUCCGACUCUGAAUAUCAAACGCGACGACCGAGGCAGUGGCGAGAUGGACGGCUGGAGAGUGGAAGAGUUGGAAGUGGUCGGGUAUAAACCACAUGGCGGGAUUAAGAUGAAGAUGAGUGUAUGA